AGUUUUCAAUUACACUCAUUAGAAAAUACAGACAAUUAGCAAAAUAAAUAAUUAAGAAAGUGCUGUUUGCAUUUGAACCUAGUGUUUCGCCUCCAGGCGUUGAUUAGGACAUAAGUGCGGAUGGCCUUCUAAGCUGGUCAGAACUCAACAGGAACCGACUGACUGAAGCUACAAGAAGCGACGUGAAAAACGAACAACAUCAACUARUGAAUUGUUAAAAGCUACAGCUAUAAAACUGAAGAGCAAAAAUGAGUGCAGUCGAUAAUAACCCUCGAAGCAUUUUAACGGAUCAYCGAGUGUGCCGAGCUUGUAAUAAACCAAUCACAGACCGUUACGUGCUGAGGGCAAUUGAUUCAUUUUGGCAUGAGGGAUGUCUCAAGUGCGCAUGCUGUGAAUGUAGACUGGGUGACAUUGGUUCGAGUCUUUACUGCAAAUCAGACUUGAUCCUUUGUAAGAGAGACUACUUAAGACUAUUUGGAAUUCCUGGUAAGUGUUCUCAAUGCAACAAGCCCAUUGCAGCCUUUGAGUUAGUAAUGAGAGCACGCGACAACGCCUAUCACAUCGAAUGCUUUGGAUGUCAAGUCUGUCGUAAAAGAUUGGUCGUCGGUGAGUCGUAUUGUUUCCAUGACAACAAGGUGCUAUGUCUUGACAGAUGUGCGCGAGAAAUUCAAGCCGGAAAAAUGGCCGGGAAAUUUGACAAACAAACGAAGAACUUAAAAGUUCUCAAGGCAACGUCAACAAUUAAUGGUUUAUAAAGAAAAAACAGUUGAGAAUUUACGGUAUAUCAGAAACUCUUUUUAUGAUGAGAAACGUUCGCCGUAAACGAGUUCUUAUAAAAGGCUAAAAGCCUUAAUAAACAGAAUUAGCUUUCAGGAUUCAUUUUUUGUGGGAUCGCUGUGUUGAAGCACCCGCUAACACUAUUGAACAUGUUGGCUCAAAGAACUGGCCGAUAUGUCAGAUUUUUGUUUGCCCUAAAUUAUUGCCUACAAUAAUAGUAUUUUAGUGUUGACAAACCUGCUAAUUUGCUCAAGCAAAUAGCCAAUUACAGUCUAACUGUUCACACAGAGAUAUAGCUUUGUAUAUAUACUUAAAGUAUUUACUUAAAAAACGUAUUUACUUUCAAUAAUAAGCAUUGUUAUCAUCAUUAAUCGUUACGAAGAUACACGUUGAAAAAAGUCCAUUUAACCAGGGACGUCCCUGAUUUAACGAGCUAAAAAAGCCGACCUUACACGAGAAGUGACAAAACAAACGUACAAUAGAUGGUAAAGUCGGUCUUAACCGUCGAAUCUCACUUGUGAAGAAGUCAGUCACAAUAAUCAUCCAGUUAAAAAAAAGUUAACCGACUAAAGAAAACAAUUAAAAGCCUAUUYUCAUAUACACGAAAGUGUUUUAAUUUACAGACACAGAAUUUUCAAAGCGUUUUUCUGCUAGAAAUGGGAAUACUUAUUGAGGUGCAUAUAAGAUUCAAAAUCGUCCUUUCGGCUUUAUUAUAAUUUUGAACCUGACAACGUUAAACUGUACUUGUUAGGCACUUGUGGGAUUCGACCUAUACAGUUUUGUUUUUUCCUUUUUUCUUUUUUUUUUCCUUUUUUUCUUUUCUUUUUUUUUUUUUUUUUUUGCAAAAAUUCAGUAAAAUUAGUCAAAUAAUAUGUUUUAAUUAUUAAUAUCUUGAUAAUUAAUUGCCAAUAAUUUUGUCAACAUCCAACAACAAGUCCAAUUGGUGUUAUAUCUAAUGAUUAGCAAAAGUAUUUUACUCUUUUACUUCAAAGUAGGCCGUUAAUAAUUAGCGAAUUUUACAUUGGAAAUCUCCCCAAAUGAACACUUAA